UCUUUUUUCCCACGCAGCCAAUCAUCCCGCCACUCCCCAUUCUGCGUGCGCCGUGUUCGAAUCUUCCCUUCGCCGCCCUUCAAAGAUAAUGGUCAGGCUGCUUCUGCUGCAAUUUCCAUCAGUGCCCUUUCUGCGGUAACGCGCGUGGCUGGCCGGGAGAACAUGGCCACCGGCCUCGACGGGCUGCUCCAUUUCCUGCUCUCGGAAAUCGCCCUGUGUGGAGUCCAAGGUGCCGACAGUGCAGACUUCUAUCGCUUCAUCGAUGCAUACCGCCAAAACGAUGCGCCCAUCGAAUCACAGAGCGAUACCUCGGCAAAAGCAACUACGCGCCCAUCUCCCAAGCCUUACAGUCGCAAGUUUUAUGAAAGUUCAUGGUGCUGGGUGACCACCCACCCGGAUAUCCACGUUUUCGAUGGUGACAAAACCUACCGACUCUCUCUCUCGGAAUUCGAAUCGCUCGAACGUCAGACCGAUACUUCAUCACAUGACCAAUCGCCGGUUGCACGGGAGACGGAGCGUCUUGAACAAUUGACACCUCGCCCUACCUCUCUACAGGCUACUCCUUCAAACUCGCUGCUAUCGCUCGGUAACUCGUUACGUGCCCAACUUGUUGCCGAAGGCAGUUUCGCUGGCUGGAGCUCAACUUCCACGACAAAGGAGCAUCAAUCCGAUCAAAUCUCCCUUUUCAACCAUGUCGAGGGCGAGCACGAGCGCCGUAGCGCUCGAAAUAUACCAGACCCCGUUAAUUUUACCGAACCCGUGUUCGAUGACCUGUCGUCGCCCAUCAAGUGCCCCCGGGUGUUCGCCAGCCAAGACCGCGUCUGGCAAGCAGUCACAGGACACUCAAUUGAUUUGAAAAGAGUACCCAGCAUGGAAUUCUUGUUGCUGUGUGUUAUUGCCACUCGUGGAGCAGGCGGUAUUACUCAACCUGACCUGGUCCGGAUCACAGGCCAAGAUAAACGAUCUGUGCCUAAACGAACAGAUGAGCUCGCAAAGAAGGGUUACAUCGACAAAAGGCCAAUUCAAGAUGGAAGUUUACGCACAAGCCUCUGCGUGCAUAAGAAGUUCGUUCAGGCAGGUAGUGUUUUGACCAAAUCUUAUAGUGUCGAUGAUGUCUUUGGCGCCAAUACGUUUGACUUUUCUGGAUUUGUCUGUCUUCUUCACGAGCUACUCACCACCACUCCUCUCGUACCUAUCCGUGAACUGAGGAUCAAACUGGGUGUCCCCAUUCAGCAAUGGUACAAACGAAGUGUGCGAAGUUCAAUUGAUCGACUGGAAGCGAGCGAAUACAUCAAGCGAGUGAAAGCGCCCAGAAAAGGAUCAGGAAGGCUACUUGUGUGCAUCAAAGCUCUUCGAGAACCCACGGAAGAUGAUAUACAAAAUUUGAGAUUCAAGCGUGGUGUGCAUGAACCCCAACAAGAAGCCGAUGAGCUUCUUGAAGAAGACAUUGAAGGAGAGACUUUCAUGCGUGAUUUGGAACUAGACAUGAUGGAAGAGACUGACCAUGUCGUCGACAACCAUGUUGGUGACGGGUCUCGUAUCGCACCCCAAUGGACACCUGAUCGACUACUUGCUAACAUUGUUUUUGAUGCCACGGAAUCGUUUGGAAUAGACGGCGACGACACCAGCAAGAUACGGGACCUAACAACAGGGAAGUUCUGGAAAAGACCAAUAGAAUCUUUCAUUUCCCGCGUUUCAGAUGACUGGGAGGAAAGUCAGCCUCGCCAUCUACGACAUCUCGCCAUAGUCAAAGAUACAAUGGUGACUAACGAUAAGAAAUAUGCACAUUUCCUGUACCGAACACAUGCGAACUUUCAGAAGGUCGCCGAUGCAGGAGAAGUGGACUGGAUAAACGUGAGCAAAGAAGCUCGAGAAGGAAGGAGACUUCCAGGCAAGGAACAAACCACAGGUACUUACCUCGAUCCUUGGGGCUUUGCGCCAGUCAAUAUGGCGCAGCUCCAUCGUCGUUCUGGAACCUCUGAUUUGAGCGAGUGUCGUCAAAGUGUAGUGCAUGUACGUAGUGCCGGGCAACGCUGGGAGAAGGUCUUAUUUGAAGAAUUGGCUCUUGAGGAACCCGAUACGUUGGCCAAUACUUGGGUCUUUGACCGAGUGGAGAACGGGCAGACAGCUGCUCGCAACACUGGUGCUAGAAGCACACCCAAGUACAAGACAAAACCAAAGGGCUCCUCUAGGACAUCAACGGGCCGAUCUGUAAAGACUGCGCAGAAGACAUUACUGAACCGUGAACAAAGACAGGCACUUGGUUUACCAAAGAACGGUCGGUUGGGCGCCGAAAUUGAGAAAUUGAUUCGUGACCACCGACGGAAGACGGGUGACCCAACUUCUAUACCAGAAAUUAUCCCAACUGCCGAUUCUAGAGCCACACAUUCAACACCCGAACAGAGAGAAACGCGAGAGCUCUCUAAAGCCGAAGGGGUGUCCAAUACUCCACAAGGAACGCCUGUGAACAAGAGGCGCAAGCCAAUCGAUAAUGGAAUCAAAGGCCCUCUAUUGACACCAGAUCAACGGAGGGCGAAGGGUCUUGCUCCCCAUGGUCGCUUACCCGAAAAAAUUGUCGCUGAGCUUAGACGCCUAGCUGCAGCAGGUCUGGAUCCUUUUUCCAUCGUUCUGCCGUUGCCAGAUGACAAUUUAGUCGAAACUAAUCCGACUCGUCAGUCGGACCACCACGCCGACAAUAUCAGCUCAGCGCACGAUCAGAUCUUGGAGGCGUCGCCCCCUGAGGAGUCCUCUGAGGCUAUAUGUAGUCAGACAUCACCACGUCUCUCAACAGAUGCCCAUGCAACAGCCAUGAACGUACCGCACAAGCGCACCCUUGAUGAGCUCAAUGCGGAACAGUCCUCACCACUAAAAAGACUGCGACCUGACCCCCCCAUUCCACACGAUGAUGUUGGGCAUGUUGGCUCGCCGACUAGCAUUCUCCCCAUUGCCAGUGGAUUUGAACCGCCUAAGCGUAAACUGGGAGGCGCCCAUGAAGUUCCCUCGACGCCACGGAAAAAAAGGCGGACCAGCGCUGACAGUAGCGUGCCAUCAGUGUCGAAGAACAACAAACAAACUUCUGGCAGCCAACCUGACGAGAAGAUGGUUGAUAGAAACCAGCUUCACAUCGCACUCCCAGGUGUUUACUUUGACGCGGAUGCCACCCGUUCAGUUGGCAGGGGUCGACCCAGGAAAGCUUUUAUGAUGAUCAUUAAAACUGCGGGCUUACAGAAAUACACAUGGUUCAAACAUGAGCCGCGAUUUGCAUCACCCGUUAGAUUCCGCGCUUCGAACUGGAAAGGCCACAUGUGGCCAAAGCCACAAGAUUAUACUCAAACCUCUGGUACCCUUUUCAGAGAAGACCUCGAGCCCGGUAAAAAUCAUUACAAGACUUCAGAAAAACUUGAUCGGGACCCAUGUGCGGACGCGACGCUUCAAAAUCACCACUCCCUCAAAGCAGGGGCCGAGUCAUCUCAACAAUUAACACCGCCUCUGUCGGUAUUGUCUCCUGUGCCAACACGAGAUACAGCAUCGAUAGGGGAUUUAUCUGAACCAAUGGACGACGUUUCUAGUGCCCAACCACAAGUCUCCCAAGAAAAAUCACAGGAUCAUCUACCGCAAAGUCUGGAAGUGGCGUCGCCACAACUUCAACCACGAGAUGCUGAAAAGCCACCAGGAUUCGUGAUAGGUGAAAUACUGGUUCAGCAAACAUGCACCCCAGUUGAGCCUCAAAUUGAUAGACAAAUGCGAGGGUCACCUGAGCAAUUCCAACAACCCCGGCAGCAAACCGUCCCCAGUGAGCAAUCCCGUAAAGAAUCCUCGAUAGCAACACCUGAUUCUGAGAGAACCACGGCCGAUGCUCAAAAAGGUGUGCCCCCAGAUGUCCUUCACAGAAUGCAUGAUAUACAGCAGUCUCGUGUAUCGCCGGCUGGGUGGGUGGCUAUCAAUAUGCCAAACCCUAACCCAUCCAGAGAGUAUCAGAGUCCUUAUGCCUCUACACCAGUACAGCCGAUGCUGGCAGAGUCAGCAUGUGAUCAACCACCCGAGCUAGUGGAGCAGGUUGGCACCCAACUUCUGGAAAACACUCAAUCAUCGACCAACGUACGUGCUGCAUUCGCCGACCCACGACUAGAUGAUCCAAACUCCAAAUUUUCUCGUCGCAAGCGUGGGGAAGACCGGAAUGUUGUUCUUGGGAGAGGUAAUGUGCACAAUUCUCGCACUUCUGUCGUCCGGUACAUCCUCGAGCUGUGUAAUGGGGUCUUCCCAUUGAACGGCGAGAUUGCGCACGUCUACAAAGAAGUCUGGAAAGAACGUGGACCGAAGAAAAUGGCCUGUCCCGAGCGCAGCACGAUCAUUCGUACGCUCAAUGAUAUGAUCAAUGAUCCCACGCAGAAGUUAAAGAGAUAUACUUUCGUUCACGAAUAUGGCACUGGCACUAUAGCGAAAAGAGCUCUUGUCGCGUAUAGUAAUUUAGCAGUGACCAGCCCUAAGGUCAUAAAGGUAGUUCAGGAGAUCAGGGCAGCGUAUCCGUACAAAUACUUUCCGUCAGAGGUCAGUCACUUGGUUGGUGAUCUACAAAAGCCUAGGCCAGUUCCAAUAGUUCAACUAGAUGAUGGUAUAGUACCGGAAGAUACAUCAGAAGCAACGAAAAGUCUUGCGAGACGCGUUAGACGAUCGAACAAGGCAAGGGAAAAAGCUGAAAAGCAACAAGUUGCCAAAGCGUAUCAGCUGCGGAACCUGAUGCCGAACCAGACGCAGUCAAGGGUGGAAGGUGAACAGUCUAAGAAUCUCCAUCCACAACGUAUGAGACUCGUUGGUCUCAACGCCCCGGGUCGUGCCAAAUCAGAUGCUCUGGCCUCGCAAAAAGCGUUUGAAUGGCCGCAAGUGGGAAGCUCGUCCUCGGGAGCGCUCGUUGAUACUGAGCCAUUGGCAUCCAACCCAGAAAGACCUCCCGAGGUGAGAACCGUUUCAGGCCCUCUGUCUGAUCAUGAAUCGACUUCGGAUUCGGAUGAUGAAGUCGAGGACAAUGCAGAGAAUGCCGAAGAUGCCGCCGUUGCUGACGAUGCUGAGGGUGGUAUGGAUGACGAUGAGAACCCGGAUGUAGAUCGUGAACCAGAGGAACAUGGCCAUGGGCUGGUUUCAAAUCAGCCUGCAGAACAAAUACUUGCAUCGGACACGAAUCACAUCCACGAGCAUUUGACGAAACCAGACGUUCGAUUCUACCCGUCCAACGGGACAUUCUCUACAAUAUUCUCCAUACCUACAAAUGAGGGCGACCGUUCAAACAGUAAAACACGGCUGAAACGUGCUCCUGCAAGAUCGUCUAAGAACCUUCGCAAAGCCAAACUAAAGGCACCUAAAAGCCUUCAUCAAGACGAGUCUGGGCCAACCCUCGUUGAACGCUUGACUGGAUUGACGGGAAAUGUGAAUGAGCCUGACUAUCGUCCACCUUCCAAGAAAAUAAUAACAACUUACACUUGGCCUGAGAGAAAGGAGAGGAGAAAGAGGCGCGAAAUGCGCGAAGCUCAAGCAAAGGAUAAAAAAUACCCGGAGAACCCAGAUCCUGUUCUACGCUUCAAAAAGGUGUUCAUCACGCUUGUCGUGGCAUCUUGCAUGUCAGGCAAGGAAGGCACUGUAAACUGGGAUAUAGUGGUCAAGGUUCUAAAUCGUCCGCGCUUCGAUCUGGAGAAGACCAAAGAGACAUGGCGAUGGAUUCAAAAGAAUAUGACAGGACAACUACAUUCGGUCACGGAGAACUUCGAAUCCACCUUCCUCAAAGCUUAUGAAGAGGGUAAUGUGGCUAGUAUCGAGGAUCCGGAAACCUAUGAUUGGGCAAAUUUGGUACGGUGGGCCAUGUUACACUGCCGUUACCCUCUUCCGUCUCUGCCUCAAGAGCGGGAAAAUCUGAAAGAUUACCAAAUCGAUAUCUCAAAUUAUCAGCUUUUCGACCGCUCUUCAUGGUAUAGAAACGAUACAGCUGCCCUAGUUCGAUCGCACAAAAUACUGGGUUACGGAUUUGCAGCUCCUCUCCACGUUACUAGAGAGCAAAAGGACCCUAAGGAAGACAAGAGCCUGAAGGCUCGUUCUUGGAUCCGUGCUAACAUCUCUACACCAAAAACACUGUAUGAUAAGAAGAUAGCCCAUGAAAAGUUGCGGCCGCUGGGCGAGUCAGUCCUGAACGGUGCGGUCCAGGAACUGGUCGAGGCUCGUCUGCUACGCAUGUGGAAGAUCAAACGCCUCCGUCCCGGUCGGAACUAUGAGUUCUCUGCAGGAUUUGCAAUGAAGUACCGUCGCGUGUUUGAACUGAGAGAUUUCAUGGCCGCUGUUCAACUGAAAAAGGAGCUUGAUUCUGCCUUUGCUUCGAAUCGCAAAUUCACCUUAUCCCGCACUGCCGAAGAUGGAGCUGUCAUGGCCAUACUAUCGCUUGCUAGCGAUGGUCGUAUCAAAUUGAUACCUAUACUACCACCUAUUGACAAUGAAUUAGACGCCCCGCGACCGCGUAUCUCUGUUUGGGGGUUCAGUGCUGGUGACUAUGUUCACCGCGCCAUCGACCGUAACAGUCUAUUCUGGGAAGUUCAAGUCGUUGCGACCGAUUCCUAUAUAUACGGCAAUCCUCUCAGUUCGAGGCCUGUCAUGCCAGACCCGGGAGAUGCUUCUACAAGCUGGGGAAGCCUUCCCGAACCUCCCAUGCCCGAUCCUAACGAUCCGAAUGCUCUUUUCCCUAUCUGGAGCACUAUCGACGGCCAACAUGUUAUUUAUCCAUGGUGGAACCGCAUAUUGAAUAUGGUACUCCAAAGUCUCAUGUUUCAGCCUAGUGCUACACCCGGAUACAUUUUGAAUCAUUGCCCUGAACAUACCACCGAACUGUUUGAGGUCCAGCUUGUCCUCGACUGGCUCGAGAAAGUCUUUGCAGUCACCAAAAGCGCAUAUGGUACUUAUGAAGUGAAUGGUAACUUCUGGGCGGCUUUUGGCGACAAGUUGAUCGACGAGGAGACCGACGAAUUCGGGCAGCAUGUGAAACGCAAGGGCAAAGUCAAGCAGGUGGACGAGCCGACAUGGCGCUCAGAGUAUAACAAACGGUUUUCCGCGCUGCAAAAAAUCACCGCUUCAGCACUACAGCAAGGAAACGGCGACGCAAGUAGCGAUGAUGAAGAUGGCUCUCAGUCGUCGGAAAACGAAGAUCAGUCGCUUUUACUUCAACGCAUCGUGAACAAGCCAAAAUCCCAAUACACUACUGUCAAGAGAGCUCUACACAAAUCACAGCAAUCUGCGGAGACUCAGGCCGCGGUGGAUGGAGACGUAGUCAUGACUGAUGCUCCUGCUGUCAUAAAGCACGGGAGCACAGCUCAAACACGAGAGACGGUGCUUACUCAAGGUGGCGACCCAGUUGAGGAUUUCAGCAAUCCUAAACGUGUUCGUUUUUCCCUGGAUGCCGAACAAGGUGCUCAACAGGAAGAGGAGGAGGACAUUGAUGCAGAAGGUGAAUCAGACGACGACUACACCCUGGAGGGUUGA